CGCGGGAGAAAUGUUAGAGGAAGAGCUUCUUUAAAAAAAAAAAAAAAAGGGGGCUGCGGAGGGAGAGAGCAACGCAGGGAGGGAGGGAUGUGCGGCGCGAGGUUGGGGGUGGUCCAGGCUGAGGCUCAGGAAGCUGCCUGCUCCUCAUAUACCUCACACAGAACCACCUACGCGCCUCGCUGAAGACGGGAGAAUCCGGAGCGCUCGCUGGAUGCUGCAGCUGUCUCCCCGCUCUCUUACGGCGCCCCUUCUUCAGCAGUUCUCCACACACACAGCUUCCCGUCUCGGUGUCGGACCGCCGCUAACCCACCACACAGACAUGAUGAUGAUGCCGUGCUCCGCGUAGCAGCAGCAGGCUGCCCGCUCCCUUCGGUGGGGACAUCACCUCGCUCGCUUUGCCUGCUCGCCAUCAUUCCGAUGGCCGGAGAGCGGCUGCGAGGCAGAUGCCCGCCGUGGAUGUUCCUCCUGGAGGAAAUGGGACCGAACCUCUGUGAGCGGGGCUGCUGUACCGAACGGCACAUUGGCGGUCCUGCUGCGCGCUCCCGCGUCCUCUUUCACAUUCGUCAGUAAGAUAGGAUCAAAACAGACUGCAGUGUCUAAAUGAAGUUGUUCAGCCAUGCAAUGUUCCUGGAAGGCUGUGAUCCUGCUAGCCUUGGCAUCCAUAGCUAUCCAAUACACAGCGAUCAGGACUUUCACAGCUAAGCCCUUUCAGAUCUGCCCGGUGCCGAACCCCCUAAACUGCGGCCUGGGCCAGGACACUGAUGCUUUCGAGCGUAUCUGCGAUGAGUACCCCUACUUCACCUACAACAUUUCCAGGAAGACCCACAUCCUUAUCCUGGCCACCACCCGCAGCGGUUCCUCGUUCGUGGGCCAGCUCUUCAACCAGCACUCGGACGUUUUCUAUCUGUUUGAGCCCCUCUACCAUGUGCAGACCACUCUGAUCCCACGGCUGUCUCACAGCAAGAGCACAGCUGACCGGAGGGUGAUGCUGGGGGCCAGCAGGGACCUCCUGCGGAGCCUUUAUGGCUGUGACCUCUACUUUCUUGAGAGCUACAUCAAGCCCCAACCCGUGAACCAUACCACAGAUAAGCUCUUUCGCCGGGGUGCCAGCAAGGCUCUCUGCUCCCCUCCAGUGUGUGAUGCGUUUGGGCCCAGCGAGGUGAACAUUGAGGAAGGUGACUGUGUCAAGAAGUGUGCCGCCCUCAAUAUGACCUUGGCCACCGAGUCAUGCAAGGAGCGUCGGCAUGUGGCCAUCAAGAUUGUGCGGGUGCCAGAGAUCGGAGACCUGAGGGCACUGGUGGAGGACCCUCGACUCAACUUGAAGAUUAUCCAGCUGGUGCGGGACCCACGGGGCAUCCUGUCCUCCAGGAUUGAGACAUUCCGUGACACGUACAGGCUGUGGCGGAUUUGGCGGGCAACGGGUAGGAAACCAUAUAACCUAGACCUGAGCCAGCUGACCGUCGUCUGUGAGGAUUUCCUCAACUCUGUCUCCACGGGCCUGAGUCGGCCCCACUGGCUCAAGGGGAAAUACAUGCUGGUGAGGUACGAGGACUUAGCUAGGAACCCCCUUGAAAAGACAAAGGAGAUUUACCAGUUUCUGGGCAUGACCCUGGACAAGAACGUGGUCAAGUGGAUACAGACCAACACUCGAGGCAGCAACGAGUUGUCGGCGAAGCAUAAGUAUGGCACGGUGAGGGACUCCGCAGCCAAUGCUGAGAGCUGGAGGUUGAAACUGUCCUACGACAUGGUUGACUACACACAAACUGUGUGUCCACAAAUCCUGCACCAGCUGGGUUACAAGACGGUAAAUUCUCCCGAAGAACUCAAAAACAUGUCGCUCACACUUGUCCAAGACAGAACUUUUGUACCAUUUUUGUAACAAAGGUAGUUGUGGACAACUAUUUUUGAUAUAUUUAUAAAUGUUGCCUUAAUUUUUUCAGAUUUGCACUAAACUUAUAAAA